AUGCCGAAGCAACACCCUAAAAAGCGCUCUGGCGCAGCCUCUUCCUCGCCCUAUUCGAAAUCCGCGACGGUGGCUUCGAAUGCUAUAUUCAAGAUGAACACAGACAUAGGACAGCACGUCCUGAAAAACCCAGGGGUUGCCCAAGCGAUCGUGGACAAGGCGGAUCUGAAACAGUCAGACGUUGUACUAGAAGUUGGUCCUGGAAGCGGGAACCUGACGGUGAAAAUCCUCGAGAAAGCAAAGAAGUGUGUGGCGGUCGAACUGGAUCCGCGCAUGGCUGCAGAGGUAACGAAACGAGUCCAGGGAACACCGCAGGGCAAAAGACUAGAAGUGGUGCUAGGAGAUGUGAUCAAGACGGAGCUGCCGUACUUCGAUGUCUGCAUUAGCAACACACCGUAUCAGAUUUCGAGCCCGUUGACAUUCAAGUUGCUGGCCACGAACCCCGCGCCGAGGGUGUGCAUAUUGAUGUUUCAGCGUGAAUUCGCGAUGCGCCUGUUCGCCAGGCCGGGCGACAAACUGUACAGCCGACUCAGCGUCAACGCUCAGAUGUGGGCGAAGAUCGAUCAUAUCAUGAAGGUGGGCAAGAAUAAUUUCAAACCUCCUCCGGCCGUGGAAAGCAGUGUGGUGCGCCUUGUCCCCAAGAAUCCCAGACCGAAUAUCUCGUAUGAAGAGUGGGACGGACUUCUACGGAUCUGUUUCGUGCGGAAAAAUAAAACGUUACGGGCGAACUUCCUAGGAACGACGAGUGUCAUGAAUCUUCUCGAAGCGAAUUAUAGAACGUGGUGCGCACAGAACGAUAUCCCCAUUGACGACGGCCCUGCAGAUGACUCAGCCUUGAUGGAAUUUGAAAACACGCACGUUGCAGACAACGCAGACGAAGGAGAAUGGGACGGCUUCAUGGACGUUGACGACGAUGAAGACGAGCUCCCCUCUUUCUUCCAGGACAACCAAUCACCCAUGCUCAAGAGCAUGUCAAAAGGUCCCGGUUCGAGCCGGAAGAAGCGAUCCAAGAUUACUGACCUGGUGCGCGAAAAGGUUCGAUCCGUACUGGAAGACAAGACACACCUCGCGGACAAACGGGCACGGAUGAGCGAAGAAGGCGAUUUUCUGAAGUUAUUGUGGAACUUCAAUUUGGAAGGGAUUCAUUUUCGGUGA